AUGGCCCCUCUGGAUGCCACAUCAGCUCUCCCAGUGACUCCGACGGUGGUUUCAGCAACUCUCACGGUGGUCCCGGUGGUUUCAGCUACUCUCACAGCUGUCCCGGUGGUUUCAGCUACUCUCACGGCGGUCCCGACUACUACUAUUGCAAGGGGAAAAUCACGUUCCAAUGCGAUCUCUCAGGAAAGUACCGUGGUCAUCGCGCAAACGUUCCUGCCAAGGCCCAAACUACAAGCUCAACAAAGAUUGGCUGUCCUUUCCGAUUGA